AUGAAAGAGUUUCGGGUUGGGCAGACAUUGGCAAUCUCCCCUAUAACCUUCUAUGCAAUCGGAUUCGUGAUCGGACCGAUGUGCACAUCUGCGCUCUCAGAGGAAUUUGGCAGACAAUACAUCUUCAAGAUCUCUCUGUUUCUUCACAUGGUCUUCACCAUCGUCGGUGGGGCGGCCCAGAAUUUCAGAACAAUCGCAGUCGCCCGUGGUGUUUGUGGGAUAGUUGGGUCCCCGUGCGUGACCGUCUUCUCGGGCCUGCUGAACGAUUUAUGGAGGAUGCCCGAGGACAAAUUGGGCGGGACCCUGUUUGCCAUGUAUGGCAUAAUGGGUGCGAUUGCUACUGAGAUCGGGCCCAUUGCAGGUGAGGCAAUAGUCAGUGACCGUGACUGGCGCUGGACCUUUUGGCUCACGGCAAUGCUAGUUGGAGCGUGUUUCCUGGCAAUGGUCACUGUGCCGGAGACAUACCAACCCGAGAUAAGAAGGAAGAUGCUCAAACUGCCCCGGCGGAGUCUCUGGCACUGCCUGGCUCCUGCAUUUGCGCGUCCAAUUCAUAUGCUGAUGGUUGAGCCGAUCAUCCUUCCGACGGCUGCUAUCGUUACCAUGGGUCAAGUUGUUGUGUUUGUGUUUUAUGCAAGCUACCCAUUGGUGCUCUCACGGGUGUAUCAAUUCACAGCAUAUGAAAUUGGACUAGCUUUCAUCCCGCUGCUGAUUGGCAGUUUGCUUGCACUGCCGGUCAUAUCAGUGGUCAUGAAGAAGAGAGAAAAGGCAACGACUUCACAGCCCGAGGAUUCAAUGCCCGCGGCUAGUAUAGCAGGUAUUUUGUUACCAAUUAGUUUGUUUUGGCUUGCAUGGACAGCUCGAGACGGUAUUCACUGGAUAUGUCCGCUCAUUGCCGGAGGCCUCUAUGGGCUAGCCUUUGCACUAUCACAGUUGGUAUAUCCGUUGUACAAGAAUGAGGUUUACGGAGCUGAGUUCGGAGCCUCCUCGUUUGCUGUCGACGUUGCUAUGCGCUAUACAUUUUCGUCUGUCUUCCCUCUGUUUACUACUCAAAUGGUAGACCGCAUUGGGUUUGACUGGACUAUCAGUCUUUGUGCAUUUGUACUGUUGGCACUGGCACCUGUCCCCUUUGUACUCCAGCGAUAUGGACCGGUGUUGCGAGCACGAAGCCAGUAUGUUCAAAGGUUGGAGGGAAACCACCAGCGGGAAUCUUCAGCGUGA